CCUCGCUCCUGGCUGUCAUGGGCAACUUACCUCGCUCGGUCUGGGGAAUGAGAGGCUGAAGGAAAAGAGGCGACGCCGAGGAAUGAAGGGCAUUUAUGAGUUUACAGACCAUCCCACGCAUUGAUUAUCGCCGACUCAAAAACGGCCAGUUCAAUCCUGAACCUCAAACAGUGAAGGCGGUGACUGAAGCGACUCUCUUGCACGGGAAUUUCGAAUCGAGAUUAGACACAAGACAAAUAUCAGACCCACCAUGAGUUACGUGAAGGCACGUCGAGCCCAUUCCAUGCCUUCGAGGUAUAUGAUCCCAUCAGCAGAGAUGGGUGAAUACGAGGAUGGCCGACGUCGAUCCGCUCCGGCCCGUCCCGCGGGACCCUUGUAUCCCUUGAGUGAGGAAGGUACUUAUGGUGCACCGCCUCCAGGACCACGUCCACCCCCACCUCCAUACAAGCCCCGUGAGCGGAAGCCCAAGAUCUACUCGAGCUACGCUGUCGAUUCCAAGUGUGACGUUCACGGCAAGCAAUUGGCAGAGAAGGAGAAGGAUCACGGCACAGAGAACAUCCGGAAGCUUUCCUGGAGCCGACGGGCCUCGGCCUCACCCGCUCGUAGGAUCUCAUCGGCCUCUCCCUCUCGUGGUAACAGUUUGAGCCGAUCCUCCAAGUCACCCGAACCCGUCCGAAGACCUUUGGCCAACACUUCCAAUCGUCCCGUGCCUCAAACGAACGUGAGGAAGUUGAGUGCCGACAAGAAGCCCGGAUUUUCAAGCACAUCCUGGGCAACCAGUUCCACGACCUCGAGUGUGUCCUCGACCUCGAGCUCCACUCGUUUCAGUUCCAAUUACAGCCGCUACAACAACAACAAACAUCCCACAGAUUUGAAAAACUCCAGUUUUGAGGAGAACGAAGAAUAUGAGUACGAGGAGAACCAGCGACGAAUCAGUACCACUACCAACCCGAAACCACCUUCCAACGCUGGCAACUCCACCACGGCCGCCUAUGGUCGAAAGCACUCGAAGAACUACAGUCGUUUUGCUCCACAGUACGAUGAGCAAACAAAGAAUGACGGCAUGUCCUUGGGGUCCCUUCGCAAGCCAACAAUUAACUCCUGGGACUCCAUGGGGAUUUUGGGACUGUCCUCCAAGAUGUGGAACGACACCAGGAAGCAACAGGAGACCUUUUUGAACUCUGGAGGUUUCAUGCGUGACAUCAUGUAGACAAUUGGACGCCGAACCUCUCAUACGAAAUGAUACAAAAACCAACCUUCCCCCGGUUCCGUAAUCAAAUUGCAAAGACAUGAUCUACUACAACGUUGAUUUUUCACACAAGAACACACCCACUUCCGAUGAUCAUUUUUUCUACGAGAGCUUCGCAGAGACACUGACUCUCUCUAGCUCCAUAACAAGUGUGACCAAAUCUAGUGAUUUUACUCUCCUGAAAUAAGCACAAACCCAUCCCUUCCAUGGAAAUGACAAUGAUGGUUGAUAAGUUUGACUCUCUACCUUGUUGUUACUGACCACUGAAAUUAGCCAGUUGUGGACCCCGAAUUGAAAUAUCAGGCUCUUAAUACUCUUGAACCAUUGAGAAGACGCCAAAUUUGAUGCCACUGUCCACCCCAAUUUGCUCUCCUUCUUCUCGUGUCUGUCCAUUCUUUCACUCCACUCUCUUCUUCUGAUUCUGGUUUUUAACUCCGCUCUUGUACAUAGAAUCCAUUUUGUGAGAUUUAAUCAAUAAAUCUAAGUCAAAUCCAAAA